AUGAAGAAACAAAUCAAUAACAAUUUACAAUAAACAGUUCAAAAAUAACAAUAAGCAAAUAUUUUUUAAACCCAAAACAGAGAAUAAGAAAAAUAAUCUUUGGAUAUAAUUCAUAUAAGUAAAUCAAUAGUUUUUGAAGAACUCUACAUUCCUAAUAUAAUUAAGUUAAUGGAUGCAAAAAUCUAUUUUUGGGAAUAAUUAAUUAAAGGAUACAACACAAUUUAAGAAUUUCAAAAUGAGGCUAUUAAUUUAAGUAAGAAAGUGUAAUCAUUACAAAAAGAGUUAUUAUCAAAAUUAUCAUUUGAUGUUGAAAACAUUAGUCAUUUAGGAACUAAUUGUAAUGUAUUAGAAUUGAAAAUAGCCUCUAUUUUUUAUAGUUCAAUUAUGAAUGACUAUUACAAUUCAGCUUAAUGUGAAUUUUUAAUAUAAGAAAUAUUUAAUAUUGAACACACAUUAUCUUCUGAUGUUAUAACUAAUUUUACAUUGGUUGAAGACAAGGUAGCAUUAAUAAUGUUAAGUUUAGUCAGAAAUUUAGGUUAGAUUAUUAAUUAAGAUAAAAGAGGUUUAUCUCAAUAUUUUGGUUAUGAUGAUAAAGAAUUUUAACAAAUCUAAUAUAUAAAUUAAUUAAUGCCUCCAUUUUUAUCUGCAAUACAUGAUAAUUUAUUAGAAGAUUAUUUACAAUAAGCAAAAUCUAAAUUAUUUUAAUCUUAUAAUGUUGUAUUUAGUUCUGAUAAAUAAGGUUAUUUAGUAGCAUAAUAAUUAAAAAUAGACAACAAUUUUCUAAUUUAAGAUGAUUAUGUAAUUAUGGGAUGUCUAUCUUAAGUUAAAAGAGGAGUAGAUUUUUUAAUUUUUGGAGAUGAUGGUAAAAUAUGGGGUAGUACUUAAAAUUUAUUUUAAACUUAUUUUUAAAAUUAGAAUGAAAAAUUAACAUUGUAAAGAUUGAUAAACCAAUGUUAUAUAUAUAUGUUUCUUCCAUAAUUAAUUAAAAUUAUUGAUUCAUAUAAAAAUUAACUAAUUUCAUAAGAAUAUGAAGGGUUAUUAAUUGAGGAUUCUUGUAUUUUCAUGGUAAGAGAAAAUAUUAUUGAAUUGAUUUAACAUUUUUAAUCAUUAAGUAUAAAUAUGCCAAAGAGCAGCCAUUUUGAAAAAUCAUUUAUUCCAAAAAAGGCUUAAUUAUCUGAAGGAUCUUUAUCAAGAAAGAUAGGGACAAUCUCUAUUUAAUAAAAUGAUUUAUAUGAAAAACAAUAAGAUUAAUUAGCUUAGAUUGAAUUAAAUAGAAAAUAAUCUGAGGAAUCUAUUAAACCAGCUUAAUAUAAUGGAAUCCCUUUAUUAAAUAAAUAAUAUUAAAAUGAGAUCUAGUAAUAUUUAGAGAGUAUAGAAGUAUAAAUAUAUAAUAUAUAUAUAUAGGAAAAACCAGCAGAUAAAUAUCUAAUUAAGUUUUCUCUUAAUUUUAAAAAUAUUGGUAAAGAAAACUAUCACAGAUCAUUUUUUAUACUUGAAAUUAUAGAUAUAAGAAGGAAAGAUUUAAUAGGAAAAUCUAUAUCUGAAAAUUAAAAUUAAUAAACAAAUGAUAGUAAAUUCUAUUCACUAUAAAAUAAUAAUCAUAGUAAUUGUAUUUUAAAUGUUAGAUACAACAUAAGAGGAAGAACAAACUAAAGCUAAUGUAUCUGGAUUUGUUUAAUCAGAAUAACCAUAUUCUGAGAUUGUUCCAAUUAGUAAAGAUAUUGGUUGUGGAGUGACUGAUCUUUUGGAAAGAAUGGGACCUUCAAAAAAAUAAAAAUAAGAUCAAGAUUUUGGUUUAUUCAAUUUAGAUUCUGGUAGAGAUAGUAUGAGUUAUGGUCCUUUAUCUUAAAGAGCUCAUUUUAUAAAUCCAAAUUAAAAAGAAGGAGAAUUAGAAGAAAUUGUAAAAUUGGAUUAAGAUUUCAAUGUAUUAGGAAUUUAAUUAAAUAGUGCUAGUGCUAUUAUGUAAAAAGUAAAAAACUAAUAAUAUGAACCUGAAGAUGAAUUUGAUAUUGAUGAAUCACUUAAAUAAUAAAAAUAACAACUUGGUAAAUCAAGUAGUGAUAAUGAAAAGGAUAAAAAAAAUGAUAUUUUAGAAAUAAUGAAAAAGAAUAAAUUGAAAGGAAAAAAUCAUGAAGAAGAAGAUGUUGAAGCUUUAAAAUCUAAAUCAAGUAUGACAUCUGCAACUUCUGGGAAUUCAGCAAUUUAAAUUAUCAAAAAGUUUUAAAGCACUACUCAUCUUACAUAAGGACUUAAAUUUAUAUCAAUAUCUAGUCUAAGUGUUUUUUUAAUUCUAAUAAUCUUGAUAACAGUCCAUUUAGUAAUAAUUACAAUUAGUAAUUAAGAUACAUCUUUAACUAUUAAUGAUAUUAAUGGACCUUUCAUAUUAAAUAGAAGUUAUUUAGAAGUUAUUUCAUUUACAUGGAGUUUAAUUGUUGGAACUUUAGAUAUUAUUGAUACGAGUGAAUUUAUGAAAGCAUAAACAUUUAGUGAUUUAUAUAAUACUACAAGUGAAUUAUAUGAUGAAAUUAAUAAUAUGUAUUUAGGGUUUAUUGAAGUAGAAGAAAGAGGUAUGUUAUCUUUAUAAAAAUUUACUUUUUUAAAAGGAAAUACAGAAGAUAUAAGAUUUCCUUAUUUUAUUAAUUUAAUUGAGGGAACCUUAGAUAGAGUUGUAAAAAUAGUAUAACUUGAGAUUAAGGAUUUUUCUAAAAUAUUAACAAGGGAAUAUUUGGAUUAAUUAUUUUUAUUGAGAUUUAAUCUAAAUCAAUUAUAUUUGAUGUCAUCAGAAUUAAUUGAUUCUUUGAAUGUAGUGUUUUUGACUUAAACUAAUGAAAGGGUUAUUGAAAUGUAGACUUAAGUUAUUAUUGAAAUAAUUUGCAUUGCUGUCAUUUUAUUAAUUGAGUUGUAUUUUUGGAAACAAAUAUAAAAUUAUAGUUAGUAACUAAUGCUUUUAACAGGAAGACUUUAAGAAAGUGAUGCAAAUGAAUCUAUUGCACGAGCUUCUUUGGUUAAAGAAACCUUAACAUAAUAAAGUGGAAAAUAUAGUUGGAAGAAAUAAAAUUAUUAUUCUUUAAAUUAUUAAUCUCUUAAUACAUUAAAUUUUGAACUAUUAAAUUAAUAGUCUAGAAUUAUCAAAGAUUUAGCUUUAAAAAAUCAUCUUGAUAUAAAUUAAAAUAAGAAUCAUUAAUAAGAAAAUAAUAAUAGAAAGUAAUAAUCUUAAACAAAAAGAAAUAUUAAUGUUGUCUUAAGUUCAAGAAUUUAUAAUACUCAAAUAAGUUUGUUAUCUUAUAUUAUUAUGUUACUCAUAGUAUUUAUUAUAAUAACUUUAAUGUUGUUUGGAGGAUUUUUACUAUUUUCUUAAUAAAUUUCUGAUUUAGGUCCUUCUUAGGCUUUAACUGGAAAUUAUAUUAAAUUUACUUAAAAGUUAGACACUUUAAUGGCAUGUGCUUUAAUAUUAAAGACUUAAUAAUUAGUUUAUAAUGCAGUAAUAGAUUUAGAAAUUUAUGAUCAAGCAACAAUAAAUUCAUUCCAUUAAACAAAUGAUAUAGUUGAAUUAUUCAGUGAUUUAAGUAAAAUUUAUUCUGAAAAUUUAACCUCUAUAUAUGAGAGUAUAUUAUAGUCAAAUAAAAUAAAGGAAGAGGAUAAAUAAUUAUUAUUUUCACUUUAUCAAGAUGAUUUUUGUCAAGAACUUAGUGAUGAAAUACCUAUGUGCAAUUUAGAUGAUUUUGGAUUUGAAAAGUUUACUUAAGCCUUUGAAUAACCUAUUUUACCUUAAGAUGAUAAUAGAGAAUAUGUUAAUAAAGGUAUUGUUGGAGUAAUAAGUAGAUUGGAUACAUUAUUUGGUUAAUUUUUUGAUUAUGAAAUUGAGUUUAAGUAAUUUUAACCAGAUACUGAUUUAUGUUUAGAAUAAAUAAAAAUGAAAGAGUUUAGAAAUGCAGUAUUUUCUCACUUUUUAGAUACUAAUGAUGGAACCAAUACAUUUUUGGAUAUCAUUUAUAUUAGUAUUUAUGGAAUAUUAGAUGAAAAUCUAAGUUAUAUAUAUCUGUAUUAUGGUGUAGUUGGUGUAUUAGUUGGAUUAUCAUAUGCAAUAUACUAUAUUGUAAUAAUCAUUAAAACCAAUAAUAAAUUAAUUAGAACAAGAUUGGCUUUGAUUACAUUACCUAUUUCAAUUUUAACAGAGUAACAUACAAUAUCAAUGUUAAAAAGAUUAAAUUGA